CCACAGACGGUGGUUACGGUGGUGGAGAGUGAGGACGAGCAGAAGAAACACUCUCUCACCAUGGCUGCAGCCACGGUGGUGGUGGAAGAGAUCGCGGCCAUGAAAAUUCAGGCGUAUUUCCGCUCCUACUUGGCGAGGAAGGCGUUAAGAGCGUUAAAAGGAAUAGUGAAGUUGCAGGCUCUUGCGAGAGGGCAUCUGGUGAGGAAACAAGCCACGGCUACGCUCCGUUGCAUGCAGGCUUUGAUCACAUUACAGGCUAAGGCUCUUGAACAAAGGAUCCGUAUGAUCGAAGACCCAAAACCCUCCAUUCCGAGAUCAUCAACUCACGGGAAUUCAUCUCAAGAAACCCGAAUCAAGAACAGUUACCAUUACCACGAGAAAGACAGAGUUCUUGAGGAAAACAUCAAGACUGUCGAGAUAGACGACGACAUUCAAUCUAAGCAAUACUCUCCAGCUCCUUCAGCCAUAACCGAGAUGAGUCCCCGGGCCUAUAGCGGUUAUUUCGAGGAUUACAACUUCACCACAGCUCAGAGCAGUCCUCAGUGCUUCAGAUUCAAAGGAGAUUAUUACAAGAGAGAUUCCUUGUCUUCGUAUGAUUACCCUCUGUUCCCAAACUAUAUGGCGAAUACCGAGUCUUCUCGGGCAAAGGCGAGGUCUCAGAGCGCUCCCAAACAAAGGCCACCUGAACUAUACGAACGUCAGCCGAGUGGACGGAGAAGGGUUUCCAUGGAAGGUCCAAGAAAUGGCAUCCCGAGAGCGGUAAGGAUGCAGAGAUCGUCGUCUCAUGUGGGUUCGACUGUGAUGGCCAAAGAUCAUCAUCAUCAGCUUCAGUACUAUCCAUGGAUGGGAAUUAAACUCGACAGAUCUAACGUCUCCCUUAAGGACAGCGAAUGUGGAUCGAGCAGUACGGUUAUGACAAACAUAAACUACUGCAGAUCUAUGGUUGGAAGCGAUGUUCAUGGAAACAAGUAGUGAAUGAUUUAGAAUCAAGAGUGGCUUAAAGAUUCGCUACGGAUCAGACAUUAGCAUGAAACAUAAGACUUUGGGGUUUAUAAAAAUAGCAUCGGACAAAUAAUUUCAAGUUGAAGAUUUGAACAAAUAACUUCCCUGUCAGGAUAUUGAAUUUUGUUCUUGAA